GUCACAAUUUUUGGCCCAAACGGUGCACACGUCGACGGAGUUUGCCGGAAAACGCGACUGGGGAAAAUUCACGAGAGUGCGUACGGUUCUGCGUUUGUGUUUGUGCAUUGGUGUAUACUUUUGUGUAGUUCAUUUCUGCAUGCUUUUCCCGCUUAUCAUUUACACUUGCGAAUAUGCAUUCUAUGCGACAACAAUUACAACAACAACAACAACAACAGAAAAUACCAAUCCUGUUUGAAAACCAGUUUUUUGUAUUAUUUGGCUUUGACGACGGACAACGGUUCUCCAGCUGCUGGUCCAGAAUUCUUGAAUGCGCGCCGUGACGUCGCCGUGUUUUAUGAGAAAUAAACAAAAUUUUAAAACCGCGCGCUAACUGAAAAAAAAGGAAAAUACGAAUAUAAAACGGGGAAAAAUAAAAACGGAUAUAAAGGAAUUUCAAGCGUUUGGCAUUUUGUCAACCAGUAAAGGGCCAAGUGACAAAGAAAAAAAAAAGAAAAAAAAAUCGAGAAUAGAGUAAGAGGCGCACAAGUGGCUGCAACAAAGGUUUCCCCCAGAACCACCGAACCUGCAACCUCUGACACCCCAAAAAAAAUAUAAUAAAAAAUCUACCUUCGGCCGGAAAACGCUUGUUUCAGCACGCGAGCGAAAGAGACGGGACGAGAGCGAGGGAAAGAGAGGGAGACAGGGGCAAGAAACAACAGCGGCAGCAACAACAAAACAAACAGCUCUAUGCCGGCACCAAGAUGAGACCAGGCCGAACGACAAAAGCAACAACAGCAGCGACCACACCCCUGCUCCUGCUACUCCCACUAAUCCUGGGAGGUGUGCACUUGGCCCACGCCCAGUGUCCUUGGCAGAGGGAUGUGCCCGACCUGCAGACGAGCUGCAUCUGCGCCUACAACUUGGGCAGGGAGCUAUCCGUGCAAUGUGAUCAGGUGGAUUUCCAGCAACUCCUGGAUGCGAUGAACACCCAUGCACGGCUGAAACCAGUGGAUUUGCUGUAUGUGAACAACUCCACGAUUGUGGAGCUACCCGAGGCCAUUUUCAGCAAUUUGAGCCUGCACAAUGUGCAGCUUUCGAGUUGCGGCAUCCAGAGGAUAGCGAGGGGUGCCUUCAAGGGCCAGGAGUCGGUGCUGCGGAAUCUCAAUCUGCAGGAUAAUCUGCUGGCUGAUGUGCCAGUUGAGGCGCUGAAGGUGCUGGGCAAACUGAACCUGCUGGAUCUGUCCAAAAAUCAGCUUAGCCAAAUAAACGACGAUGCCUUUGUGGGUCUGACAAAGCUCUCCACGCUGAAACUGAACGAUAACAAUGUUACCCUGGCCGUCAAUGCAUUUAGAGGAUUGGAACAGAGUUUGAAGAACCUAAAUCUGAAGGGAACCAAACAGCGCAAGGUGCCCGAAAGUAUUAGAGGUCUGAGGAGCCUGGCUUUUCUCGAUCUAUCGCAAAAUGGCAUCAAAGAGCUGCCCGGUGCCGGUGGCAUUCGAGUUUUCGAUGGUCUGGAUGCCCUGACAGCCCUGAAUUUGGAGCGGAAUCUCAUCCAGAGCAUUGGCGAAACGGCAUUUGCGGGUGUGCGCAAAACAUUGAGUUCACUGAGUUUGCUCAACAACCUGCUGGCCGAGUUUCCCAUCGGCGCCGUUCACUCGCUGAAGGAGCUGCGUGUCCUGGACAUCGGCUUCAAUCUGCUGACCACUCUGCCGGAGGCUGCCUUCCGGGGAAAUCCCGGCAUCACGCUGCUGGCGUUGGAUGGAAAUCCAUUGAGCAGUGUGCCCGAGGGAGCAUUCGCCCAUCUGAAUGCCACAUUGCGAGGACUUUCGCUCGGAGGCAGAUUCCUGCACUGCGAUUGCAAGCUACGCUGGGUGGCCGAGUGGAUUCGCAAUGGCGACUUGCAGGUGACAUCACGCGAACGGAAUCCGCAGUUUUGUGGCACCCCACCUCGUUUCCGGGACCGGGGCUUCUACUCAAUUCAGCCGGAGGAGCUGAGUUGUCCGGACAUUGCCGAUGCCGCCCUGCGAGGACCUGUUGGCCUGGCCGAUAACCUGAAGCCCACUCAGUCCGCAUCCCCCGAUUCCGUGGAAUAUGAGACGGGUACGGGAACUGGUACGGGAACUGGUACAGUGGGCACUGGCAUAGCAGCCUCUGCUCCUGUGACGAGCAUUGUGAGCAGCUCCACUUCCACAACGACGGCCACAACAACGACCACGACAACCACAGCAGAGCCAACAACCAAACGCAGCACGACUCGACCACCGACGAAGUCAACAGCUGGUACCUCAGCGACCACAGCUUCGCCAGCAACGAAUCUCUCGGUGAAUGGAACGGGCACAGUGCAGGCCACCUCCAUCACCACGAGCAGUAGCUCUUCCUCCUCCUCAUCGUCCUCUUCAUCUAGUGGUCAUGGAAAUGGCAAUGGGAAUGGCAAACAGGCACCAGGAUGGCGCCAAGGAGUGACCACUAGCAAUGGGGGCAACAAUGGAGGAGUGGGAGGUGGAGGUCUCCACAAGCCGCAGCGGCCACCACUUGUCUUGGGCUAUCCACCGCAGAGGGGAACUCGCAUCGACGAUGCCAACGAAGUGCAGGUGAAGCACGCAUUCCGGCAGGACAGUUCCGUGAUCAUCCAGUGGGAUUCGGACACGGCCAAUAUCCUGGGAUUCCGGGUGGUCUAUCGCCUGUUUGGCGAGAAGGCCUUCAAACAGGGUCCACCCUUGGAGGCAAGCGAAAGGGAGUUCAAGAUCAAGAACGUUCCCGCCCAGGAGUGCAUCAUUGUGUGCGUCAUCUCGCUGGAGGAGCUGCAUGUUACACCCGAAACAGUUCCCUACCAGCAGUGUCGCGAAGUGAGGACUGUGGCCUCGCAGGCCUCCAAUAUGGACAAGAUUACUAUUGCGGCCAGUGCAGCCAUUUGUGGCACCAUCAUUGUGGCCGUGAUUGUGUUCAUCGCUGCCAGCAGACGUUCCCGCAAACUGCAGAACAGCCAGCAGAAGAGUCCGCUGCCAAUUGGAGGUCUGCCCGUUAAUUGCUGCGGUCCGACCGGUUCACCGGGACCACUUGGCUCCAUUGCAACGCUAUCGGCAUUUAACAAUCACAAGGAAUGGGAUCAAGUGUCAGCGUACAGUGGUCGCUCGAUACCGAGGCCCAGGAUUUAUCCUGUGGAACAGCCAGACGACAUGCGAAGCCACUUCUCCGGAAUGCCCGGCAAAGUGGGCAAAUCAAGUAGAUCCCUGGCGGAUGGACAGUCGCAGCACAGUUUUUCGAAUAAUUCGCAUCGCGGUUAUUUGGGCAGUGCCUUCCCCUCGAACUUGGUGAAUUCCCGGCCGGAACUGCGACAAUCCCGGCAAUCCCUGGCCGCCGCCUCGGAGCGAAUGUCCCGUGCCUCAUAUGCGGGAUCAAUUCAUGGGGGCGGUGGAAACGGAGGCGGAGGAGGCGGUGGCCUUGGCGGCGGAAACGGAGGAGUGGGAGGCGGUGGCCUACCCGUGAGCAGCCUGAUGGCCAUGAGCGGCAUGGUAGGCGGCGGCGGACCCGCGAGCAUCGCCUCCAGCGCCCGAAGAUCGCGACCGCGUUCCAGGUCACGCGAACAGCUGAACGCCACCCACAUACAUAACCAUCGACCAGGAAGUCGAUACUCGCAGGCGGGAUCGACGCACACGCUAAACAACUACUGCGAUACAUCGGACAAUUGGACCGAUCACGACAUGGACAUAUAUAUGGCCCGGAAUCCGACGACGCGAAAUGGAUUAGUGCCAUUAUGAGGGCGACUCACGUUGUCCUGAUAUUUCAAUGUUGUAUUAAACUGGGACGGCAUCUUCUGACAAUAUCUGACGCCGGCCAUUGGGGGGCACGCAAACAGGGGGCAUGGUCGGCGUCAGCAGCAGCAACAGCAACAGCAGCCACAUCAGCAACAGCAGCAGCAACAGCAGCAGCAACAUCAGCUACAGCAGCAACAGCAACUGCAACAUCAGGCUGCACAGCAUUUGAGGAAUGAGCGACAUCAACAGCGACAUAGAAACAAUCAGCAAUUGGAGCAGCCAUAUCAGCCAGCACAGCAGCAACAUCAACGAUUACACUACUAUAUGCCGCAGACGCAACAACGUUGCACCUCCCCCCCCGAUGUGGUGCCCCGUGCAGCCAAUUUCCAUAAUAGCAAUAGCCAUGCCACAACUACUGACUGCAACAGCAACAGCAAUAGCAUCCAGCAGCAGCAGCAACAAUUGCCGCUGGCCGCGUUGACAGCAACACUGGAAGAUGCAACAGCAACAGAGGCAACAGCAGCAACACCAGCUAGUGGCAUUGUUGUUGAGAACUAUUUUAACGAAUAUGAACGUCAGGAAAUCAUUUAUCAUCAUCCCACAAGCAGCAGCAGCAACAGUAGUAGCAACAGCAACAACAACAGCCAGGCAGCAACACGCCAACUACCCCGCAGCAAUGCCUUCCGUUUACAGUUACCCGCAAUGGCAAUGGCAACAACAACAACGGCAACAACGACUAACAACAUUUUAUAUAAUAUCAGUAAUAAUCAUGUUGCAACCGGCAACAUGAGCAAUUAUAAGGCGCAUACGUUUAGUGAUAGCUGUAAUUGUACAUGUAAUUGUAGUCUAAGUGAGGAGGAGCAGCAGCAAGAAGUGGCAGCAGCAAAAUCAGCAGCAUCAGCAAGUUUAGAGGAGGAGGAGGACUCAUCCUUGGCGGGCAGCACCUCGGUGUCAAGCAUUGAACAAGUGCAACAGGAGGGGGAAAUGUCCUUGUCUCCGAACUUGACAUUGGCUGACACAGAGGAAACUGCAGGAAAUACAAAAUCAGCAGACACAUCUGCAGACAGGGCCAGGGCCAUGUCUUGAGUGCAGCUCGUGUAGCCUGAUGUUGCUGCUACGGUUGACACUGCUGCGGCCUCUCAGAAUCUGCAUAAUGCAUAACAAUUGCACACAGAAUGUGUGGUACAGAAAAAUAGAAAUAAAAUAUUUUUAUAUGCCGUUUAGAGUGUGUGCAAUAAAUACAACUUUCCCCAGUUUUUUUCUGCAAUUAGUUGAACAGUGAAAAUGUUGAGCAAUCAAAGAACUACAAACUUAAGUCAAUAUAUGGUACUAACUAUACUUAAUAGCUAUUAAACAACUGAUUAACUAAUGUUUAGAGUGUAAGAGGGCAAAGUCCUUUUAAUGCUGGGAUAGACAGGCAUGGAAAAGUCGCUGAGAGAGCACAAAAAAAGCAAUAUGUAAAUACUUUAGAAAGAGCAAACAAAAACCCUUACUUCAAGUUUAAAGAGUCUCAAGAUAAUUAGAGACCCAAAAAAACCAAAUAUAUUUUUCACACACUUUAAAACAUUCUCUAGUCUAGACCUUUUAUCAUAUAUUUUUCUCAACUCAUUUCGUAUUUCAUUCUAUGUUUGUCUAUCCCAGCCUUAAGCUGAUUACCCACAUUCCAGUAGUUUUUGAACCAACCAAACCAUUUUACUGCCUAAUCAGUUUUAGUUUAACUCAUAUUGAAGUCCAAUUUCAGUUCGUUUUGUACAGAGAAGCUUCAAUUGAAACAUUUGCGUGCUAAGUUCUUUCUUAUGUUUAUGAUUUCUAGCUUUUAGUGAGAUUUUAAUAAAAAGAAUAUUUUAAAACUA